AUGGACGCCAGCGAGGUCCAGGCGAUGGUGACCGACUGGCUACGCGAUGCCUCCGCCGCCUUCCAGAAGGUCCCUGGAUCUGCUGUCCUGAUCCGCUACAUCCAGUCCAGCUACCAGAACGAUCCCAUCCGCUCCGGCAUCGAACUAGUGCUCUUCAUCUUCUUCGUUCGCUACCUCCUCUCGCCCUCCUAUUCCACUCAGAAGCAGAACUUCAUCAAGCUGCGAGACGACGAAAUUGAUGAGUUAGUCGACGACUGGACUCCCGAGCCCCUGGUUCCUCCUCAAAGUGCACUCGAGGAGAUGGAAAGCGAGCGCUUGCCCGUCAUUGUUGGCCCUACGGGACCCAAGACCAAAUUGGCAAGCGGCCGCACCGUGACGAAUCUCGCUUCCUACAACUUCUACAACUUCAAUGCGAAUGAACAAAUCAAAGACAAGGCCAUUCAGACGCUGCGCACCUACGGAGUCGGUCCCUGCGGCCCUCCCCAGUUCUAUGGCACCCAGGACGUACACAUGAAGACCGAGGCAGACAUUGCGGCAUACCUUGGUACGGAGGCUUGUAUUGUCUAUGCCCAAGCCUUCUCGACCAUUUCCAGCGUUAUUCCGGCUUUUUGCAAACGUGGCGAUAUCAUCGUGGCUGACCGAGCUGUCAACUACUCUAUUCGAAAGGGCCUUGAAGCAUCUAGGAGUACCAUUAAGUGGUACGCACAUGGCGACAUGGAUGACUUGGAACGUGUUAUGCAAAAGGUUGUUAAGGACCAGAGGGGCAAGAAGUUGACGCGCAGAUUCAUCGUGACCGAGGGCUUGUUCGAGACGACCGGUGACCACGCUGACCUUCCCAGACUCGUUGCUUUGAAGGAAAAGUACAAAUUCCGCAUCAUCCUGGAUGAGACAUGGUCGUUUGGCGUCUUGGGCCGGACUGGCCGUGGCCUCACCGAGGCACAGAACGUUGAUCCGUCUCAGGUAGACAUGAUUGCAGGCUCUCUUGCCGGCCCUUUGUGCGCUGGCGGUGGGUUUUGCGCAGGAGCCAAGGACGUUGUCGAACAUCAGCGCCUUACUGCGGCGUCUUACACGUUCUCGGCCGCCCUUCCUGCUAUGUUGGCCGUGACAGCGAGUGAGACUCUCAGCGUGCUGCAGUCCAACCCGGAUAUCCUCACGCAGUGCCGUGACAACAUUAAGGCAAUGAGAGCACAGCUAGACCCACGCAGCGAUUGGGUUUUGUGCACAAGCUCGCCCGAGAACCCAAUCAUGCUUCUCGUGCUUAAGCCCGAGGUUGCUGCGGCGCGAAAGCUGACGAGGGAGGACCAGGAGCGUCUCUUGCAGGAAUGCGUUGAUGAGGCACUUGCGAAUGGUGUUCUGAUCACGCGACUAAAGAGCAUGGCCAUUGCCAACAACCUAGACCCCAAGGACAACAGCUGGAACAUUCAGCCGGCGCUCAAGGUUUGCGUUACAUCGGGACUUCCAAAGAAGGACAUUGAGAAGGCGGGCGUCACGAUUAGACACGCAAUCACGAAGGUCAUGACGCGAAAGUCGAGCUCCAAGUCAUCAUAG